CUUAGCGAUCUGUUUGGUGGAAUUCAAACAGAAGAACCGCGGAGUUGACAAAUGUGUGUUGUUAGCUUCGAUAGCAACGGUUAAAUAGCUAUAGGACUUUAUCACAAACAAGAGGAAUAACUAGAACAAGGAGAACAAGGAAUACGGUUUAAGUCGCACAAUUAAGCAUGGAGUCGUGUCUGAAUUCCAGACCUGAGAGAGUGGGUUGUGUAACUGUGGAAGAUCUGAAAAAAGACCUUUUUGUAGAAUUCACCCAAAUCCCUGCACUUCAGGAACCCGGAGCCGUGGACAAGGAACACUUGCAGGUCUACUUACGGAUACGUCCUUUGACCUCUACAGAGAGUGAAUUUAGUGAAUCGCAGGAAUGCAUUUCCAUUGAACCCCCGGACACUGUGGUUUUAAAAGCCCCUAGAUUGUCACUGACAGCGAGACAAAGUGAAAAGCUAGGACCUCAACUUGCACAGCGAUUCCAGUUUUCAAAGGUGUAUGGCCCAGAAACAACACAACGGCAGAUUUUCGAUGGUACAACAAAAGCCCUUGUGAAGGAUGUCCUGGGAGGAGGAAAUUCUUUAGUCUUCACUUACGGUGUAACCAAUGCCGGGAAAACGUUCACAUUUUUAGGUCCUGAAAGCGAUGGAGGAAUUGUGCCCAGGUCGCUAAACGUGAUCUUUAACAGCAUUGUGGGACGAGUCUAUACGCAGAAUAACAUUAAGCCCCAACGAUGUGUCGAAUUUACAAGACUGACUAAAGACCAGCAGGAGGAGGACACCAAGAUUAAGAAAAAUCUUCUAAGGAGAUUUAAAGAGAGCGAUUUACAAAAAAGCAACUCCAGCAUAUCAAAUUCAGCUUGCAGCACCUUACUUGAGGGUUCCAGUUAUGGUGAGUUAGAUGAAGACAGCCUUUGUUUGGAGGAAGAUUCCCAUGUGAAGUUCUCUGUGUGGGUCUCCUUCUGUGAGAUCUACAACGAAAACCUCCACGACCUGCUCGACUUCGCCUCGAACACGUUGCGCAGAAGGAGCGUGCUCCGACUGAGUCAGGAUGUCAAAGGGAAUACAUUUGUCAAAGAUCUGACAUGGGUCCAGGUAAACAGUGCAGAUGAAGCCUACAAGGUUCUAAAGAUUGGACGGAAAAACCAGAGCUUCUCUUCUACAAAGCUCAACAGCGUUUCUAGCAGAAGCCACAGUAUUUUCUCCAUCCGAAUCCUGAGAAUUGAAGACAUAGGGGUUCCUCGAGUCCAGACCAUAAGCGAGCUUUCUUUGUGUGAUCUGGCCGGAUCAGAGCGUUGUGCGAAAACCCAGAACAAAGGAGAGCGCUUAAAAGAAGCCGGGAAUAUUAACACAUCGCUGUUAACCUUAGGAAAAUGCAUAAACUCAUUGAGGCUGAGUCAGACACAGUCAAAGUUUCAGCAGCAUAUCCCCUUCAGAGAGAGCAAACUCACUCAUUACCUUCAGGGCUUUUUCUGUGGCCGUGGAAAAGCCUGCAUGAUCGUCAACAUCAACCAGUGUGCUUCCAUGUAUGACGAAACCCUGAACGUCCUCAAGUUCUCAGCAGUGGCUCAGAAGGUUGUUGUCUUGAACCCCAAACCAGUCUUAAGUGUUGUGCCUAAGAAAUCUGCCAGAGAAGUCUCCAUGAUGAUCAACAACGUGGACAGGAGAGAAUGGAGCAGGAGAAGCACCUUAAUUAAGUGGGAGACGACCUUGGAGGAUGUUCAAGAGGAUGAGGAUGAUGAAGAAAUGGAGGUUGAUGAUGAGGAAGAAGAGGAGAGUGGUGAGGAGAGCAUGGUGGAAAACACAGUACUAGAAACUGCAGAAGAUCAAGAGCUUGUUGAGCUACAGCAGAGGAUUAAGGAACUUCAAGAAGAGCUUUCUAAGGAACAAUCUGAAAAGCUUGCCAUAGAAUCACGAAUCAGAGAAGAAGUUACCACCGAGUUCAUGGAGCUGUUUUCCAAUAUGGAAAAGGAUUACAAUGAACGUCUGCAGAGAGAGAAAGAAAUAGCUGAAGAAAGAGCUGAGAGGAGAUUAGAAAUACUUAAGAAUUUAGUCAACAAAAAUGGCACUGAGACGACAACAGAGAAUUCUGCUGAGGAUGAAACUAAGGAGACUAGAAUGACGUUCUUGGGUGGGAUGAUUGAAGAGAUGCAAACUGACCUGGCUAUGAUAAAGAGAGAUGCUGAAGCAGCACAGCUGUGUCUGGAGAGCAAGGAUCAUUCUCCUGAAGCUGUCAGCAAGCUGAGGACACAGCUGGAUGAGAUGGAAGAAGAGCUUCUUAAAAACCGUCAGCUAAUGAAUAUCAAAACUAAGGAAAUAGAAGAAGUGCAGGUUUGUGUAAAAAGUUCCAGUGAGCAGCUGCUGGAGGCUCACAAGAAUUUUGAAGCUCAGAAUCUGAGAAAUCAGCAACUGAUGGAAAUCUGCCAAGAAAAAGAUGAGAUGAUCUCCAAGCUGCAGAUUGCUUUAGAUCAAAAUGCUGAAGCAGCUAAUAAUGAUAGGGCCUGUAAAGACCAAGAAAUUCUUCAGCUUGCAAACACCUUAAAAGAGAAAAAUGACUUCUUGGCUGAGCUCAAUCGUGAACGGCAUUCUCUUGAUCAAAAGUUGAAGGAUCUUACUGAAGAGCUGAAAAACCAAGCGCAUGCAUGUGAAGCUGCUGUGUCUUUACUUGAAACAGAAAAAGCAGCAACCACUAAACUAUCAAACGAGAACCAAUCACUUGCCACUGAGCUCAGAGAUCUCCAGCAAGCAGCUAAUGACCUGAAGACCAGGCUCACAGCCAAGGACACUGAAUUAAACAUUAAGAAAAUAGAGGCUUCCCGGCUUUCUGAGGAGCUCCAAAAAACCCAAGCUCUUCUCCAGAAGCAUGAAGAAGAGGCUAUUGAGCAAUCUCAGACAAUCAAAUCUCUGAAGAUGGAGACCCAGGAACUUUUGAAAGAACAAACAAACAAGUGCGUCUUCCAAGAGACCAUAACAGCUCUCCGUAGAGAGUGUGAGACGAUGAUGUCCACAUCCCAGGAGAAAAGCAGGAAGAUCACGGCCCUGGAGCAGGAAGUCAGUCAGCUAAGAGAGGUAAUGUGCCAGAAGCAGAACCUGUGCGAUCAGCUUGAGCAAGAGAGAGGAGCUCAGAGCGAAAAGAAUCAACAACUGCUCAGCCGCUACGAAGCCAAGAAGCUGAUUGUGGAGCAGAUGAAGAGAAGUCACUCUGAGCUGGAGACAGAGCUCCAUGGUGUAAGAGAGCAGUUGGCUGUCCUGGAGAAGCAACAGCAGGCCUUUACACACAGCUCUGAGAGACUUGGACAGGUGGAGAAGAAGCUUGCUGAGAAAGAGGCUCAUUGUGCAGAUCUGGAGCAGAGACUCCUGCAAACCCAGAAGAAGCUGGACCAGGCAGAGAAGAGAGAUCGAAGUGAGGAGAGGUCUCUAUAUGAAAGGAGAAAAGAAAUGGAGAAUAAACUUGACCAUAAGAACACAGAACUUGAGAAGAAAGCUCAGAAACUAUUACAAUUUAAAACACAGGUAAAUGAUGGGCUGGAAACAGUUAAGAGGGUAAGUCUGGAUCUGGAACAGAAAGAGAAACGUAUCGCUGGUCUACUUUCUCAGCUGACUGAGAGCAAAGCUGAAACUGAGCAGAUGCAAAAAGAGAUUGCAUGCUUGUCAGAAACCGUCCGAACGCUGCAACAGAAGCUUUGUGACUUGGAGAAAGACAGGGAUCAAGCCGUCGCCGAGAAAGAGCGGAUUAUUGAAACUCUGAAGACCGACCAAGCCAACAAAGCUGAAUCACAUCAAGACCAUAAAAGCUGUCAAGAGCUUAUGAAGCCGAAGGAGAACCAUCAGAGAAAGCGCAUGACUGAGACUGAACCUAAUGGUUCACAGAAGGACGAGCGAAAAGUAGAAGAAACUCCAGCACUUUGGACACAGACUUCAGUACACGAGACCUCAGUGCUCUCCACCAUGGACGAGAAAGAAAAGCGCUUCCCCAAACCUGAAGUGGAGAUCAGCUUCUCCCCUCUCAAACCCGACCGUCUGAACAUCUGCAGGCCAGGAGACGACGAACCGGUCACAGUCAAAAUCAAGCGCACAGCCAGGAAGAGGAAAACUGUUGAGAACGCAGUCGAGUCAGAAAACAGGAAGAACAUGCGGCUUCGAGGAAACGCCAGGGCUAAUAUACAACGUGUAGAGUCCCCCCCAGUGCUCGCUACAAUGGCUAAUCAAUCCAAACAAAAGGAUUCUCCUGUUAGUCUGAAAGGCAAGAAAGACGGAACCCUGCAAAAGAUCGGUGACUUCAUCCAAAGUUCUCCGACCCUUCUAGGGAGCAAAGCUAAAAAGAUCAUGGCAAAGGUUGCUUUAAAAUCUCCAGAGCCUGAGAUCAACAGCGAGACGAGCAACAAACCCAAGAGAUCGAAACGCAAGCUGUUCAAGACUGAAAUCUCCUCGCCUCUCGACAUCCCUUCACAUCCGAUCAUCGGAAUAGAUCAAGAAGACAAAGAAAGCGAUCAUCACAUUAUUAAAAGAAAAUUAAGAACAAGAACUGCCAAAAUACGACUUGAGUCAGACUCGAGUUUCUGGUAAUUUAUUGUUAAUUAACAUGUGCUGAAUGUUUUAGUGCUAUUUUAUGCAGAUUUGUGUAAAUAUGUGACCAUUUUUUGAAAUCUGUAAAUAUAUGGUUCUGAGUGAUGGUCAUUUAUUUCUCACGUCAGUAGACAGAGGUGUGAUGGUCAUGUAAGAGUAAUCAACUGAUAUUAGGAGGCACCCGUUUGACCUCUGCCCAGGGCACAGAUGCAUCUGCCUGCUCAGAACGUUCUUGUUUGUUUAAAAUAAAAUGCAGUUUAAAAUCAAAUCAACAGGUGAAGUGAAUAAAUGCUAUGCUAGCAA